CUCGCUACAGUUUCAAGGGGCCGGGAGAGUCUGUUUUUCUUCAGAGCAGCCAUGAGCAAGCGGAACCAGGUGUCCUACGUGCGGCCAGCCGAACCGGCUUUCCUGGCCCGCUUCAAGGAACGAGUCGGCUACAGGGAAGGGCCCACCAUAGAGACGAAGAGAAUCCAGCCUCAGCUCCCAGAUGAAGAUGCUGAUCACAGUGACAAAGAAGAUGAACAGCCCCAAGUGGUGGUUUUAAAAAAAGGAGACCUGUCAGCCGAAGAGGUCAUGAAAAUUAAAGCAGAAAUAAAGGCUGCUAAAGCAGAUGAAGAACCAGCUUCAGCUGAUGGAAGAAUCAUGUAUCGAAAACCAGUCAAGCGUUCCUCGGAUGAAAAGUAUUCAGGUUUAACAGCAAGCUCAAAAAAGAAGAAGACAAAUGAAGAAGAUGAAAUAAAUAAGCAGGACUCGGUUAAAAAGAACUCACAAAAACAAAUCAGAAACAGUAGCCUCCUUUCUUUUGACAAUGAAGAUGAAAAUGAUUAAGUGUAAAUAUUUUGGACUUAGUCUUCUCAGAAUUUUUGGGAUUUUUUUUAAAUAAUAUUUUUUCCCUAUUAUAAAGAUAAUACAAGUUUAUUGGAGAAAAUUUAGACAGUACAGAAAACACUCAGUAAGAUAAAAACCAUGUCUAUCAGUCAACACUCUUGACCUAACUGCUAACUCUUUAGGCUAAACCACCACUAACAUUUUGGUUACUUCUCAUGUGUGGGAUGUGUGUAUAUAUAAAAUUUAUUUUUGUAAAGAAAA